CAAAAUUCCAAAUUUCAACGAAGAAGAAAGCGUGUAAAACUCAAAGAGAAACCGGCAAAGAGAAACCAAAAAGCUAAAAGGCAACAACAAAAUUCACACAAUACGCAAUCUCGGCAAAUCGAAAGGCAACUCUACAAGAAAGAUCAACUCUACCAACAAGAAGAAGAAGAACGAGGAAGAACACGCUACAACUCUGGCAGCGCUCUCUGGCUAAUAUUGAAAAAAAUCAAGCGAAAUAAUUAAAACUUUAUCUUAAUCCCUCUCUAACCAACCACACACACACACACACACAUAUGCACACAACCACAAAUUCGACCAACUGGACCAAUUAAAUGUUUAUGGAAGCAAAAAGGAGGAAAGCGACAAAAACUUAACCAAAUCUAAAUAAAACAAUUUUCGUUUCUUGGGGCAAAAAAAAACUUUCGAACUUGGAAACAUUUUCAAAUUUUCGGAAAAACCCCACAAAAAAAACUACAUAACAGUGUUGUAAAACAGCCCCAAAUUACAUAUUUCGGUGUGCAAAAAGAGCAAAAAGUAAAAAUAUUUUAAAGCGACGCAAAAAUAAGUCACAGAUCAGUCAACAAACAACAAGAACAACCGAUAAACAACUGCAGCGACAACCAACAACAACAACAGUAAGCAAGUAACAACAACAACAACUGCAACAAUCCAAAAUCGACGAAGACGACGGCCCCCGACAAAAAUCAAUUGGAAAAUUGAAACUUAUGGAUUGCUGGACGGGUAACGCCCGACUGGCGAGUGUUUUAGUUUAAGCAGCGUAAGCUGUCACCGACAUGGGCAGUGAGCACUACUGCUUGAGGUGGAACAAUUACCAAUCCAACCUGUUAGGGGUGUUUAGUCAAUUACUACAAGACGGGAGCCUGGUGGACGUCACACUAGUUUGUUCAGAGGGCACAUCCAUCAGAGCCCAUAAGGUGGUCCUCUCGGCUUGUUCCUCGUACUUCCAGAGCCUGUUCCUGGAGCACCCCGAAAGACAUCCAAUUGUGAUAUUGAAGGACGUCCGUUUUGCCGAGCUGCAAACCUUAGUUGAAUUCAUGUACAAGGGCGAGGUGAACGUGCAAUACUGUCAGUUGUCCGCGCUGCUCAAGACAGCCGAAUCCCUCAAGGUCAAGGGCCUCGCCGAGAUGACGAACCAGAACACGACGCUGCGCGAACCGGAACGAGAGCCGGACCGCCUGCGUCCGCAGGGCGGCGGCGGUGGGAGUGGCGGGUCCGCCCACAAGGCGGCCGACAGCCCGGCGGCGGCGCUUGAUGCCACAGCGGCCACACAGGCGGCCACGGCCACUGCGGCGGCGGCCACAUCGACCACAACCUCAGCAACAUCUGCGGCGGCGUCGGCGGCGGCGGCAACAUCGGCGACAGCGACAGCAGCAACAUCUGCGGCAGCAACAGCGGCAACGGCGGCGGGGACGGGAAGCAGCAGCAGCAGCAGCACGAGCAGCAGCAGUAGUACAACCACAACGGCGGCCACCACAACAGCAGCAACCUGUGCCACAGCAGCAGCAGCAACAGCAACGGCAGCAACAUCCUCGGUGACGGCGGCAACAUCGGCCACUUCGGAGGAGGCAACAUCAUCCUCCGGCGGCCAGAAGCGGGAGGCCAGCGAUCGCUGCAGUCCCACGCCCGCCAAGCGCUCCUCCAGGGACAAGGACAGGGUCAGGGUGAAGGAGGAUGGCCAGGAGCAGGAGCAACAGCAGCAUCAGCGGGCAGACGAGGAGCUGCUCGCCGAGGAGUUGCUGGCGCGCAACUUAAAGAGCGAGGAGGAGGACGACGACGAGGUGCAGGAGGUGGACGAGCUGGACGAGAGCGAGGAGGCGAUGAGGGAGCGGGGAGAGGAGGAGGAGGACGAGGACGAGGAUGAGGAGACGCCCAUGCCGCUGGAUCUCUAUCAAAGACCCAAUGUCGAGCCAAAAAGCGCAGCGGCAGCAGCAGCAACGCAGCAGGGCGGCAGCAGCCACACCACGUGCAACAACAGCAGCAGCAACAGCAGCAACAACAACAACAACUCAAGCAGCAACAACAAUAACAACAACAACACUAGCAGCGGGAAAACCACAGCGGCCAGCAAUGGCGGCACAGGAACCUCGGGCGGCACAGCAGCAGCGGAUUCAGUGGUUGCCGUGGACGACGAUGACGACGAUGAAGGGGAUCAGUUGCAUCAUCAUCAUCACCAUCACCAUCAUCAUCAUGGUCAGGUGGACGAGGAUGAGGAUCUGGACGAUGACGUGGUCGUGGUGGGCACCACGGCCACCGCGAUGGCCAGGGGAAUUGCCCAGCGACUGGCCCACCAGAACCUGCAGCGCCUGCAGCAGCAGCACCACCACUCGCAGCAGCACCACCACUCCCAGCAGCAGCAGCACCACCACCAUCACCACUCGCACUCGGAUGACGAGGAUGCCAUGCCUGUGAUUGCCAAGAGCGAGAUCCUCGACGACGACUACGACGACGAGAUGGAUCUGGACGACGACGACGAGGCGGACAACAGCAGCAACGAUCUGGGCCUCAACAUGAAGAUGGCCAGCGGAGCGAGCGGCGGCGGCGGCGGAGGAGGUGGCGUAGAUCUGUCCACCGGCUCCUCCACCUUGAUACCCUCGCCAUUGAUCACGCUACCCUCGUCAUCCUCGUCGGCGGCUGCGGCUGUGGCGGCGGCCAUGGAAUCGCAGCGCUCCACGCCGGCGGCUCAGGGAUCGGGAGCGGGAGCGGGCGCCUCGGACCUCAGUAUUGGCGGCUCCGGCGGACGACCGGCGUCCAGAAGUUCGCGCGACGGAGGCGGCGGUGGGAAUGAUGGACGGGGCGGAGCAUCCUCGUCCAGCCUGCUAAGUCCCGGAACGGUGGCCAAUCUCCUGCCCGUGCAAUCGGUGCCAUUGAGCCUCAAGAAGGAGAUCGAAUGCAGCGAGGACGACAACAGCAGUCACAGUAGACACAUGCAACAGCGUUCGGCAUCAGCUGGCGGCGGCCUGGGCGGCGACCUUGACUACCGCGCCUCCCACGAGUCGCUGCUCCGCAACUUCGGCUCCCCGAUGAGCGCGAUGGCCGCCAGUCGCUGCCCAACCCCCUUCGCCUUCCCCUUCUCGCCACUCGGCCUGAGCCUCUUCGACAUCGAUCCGUCCAGAAUUCUCAGCCUGCUCCACCACCAGACUUGGCUGGCCGAAGAGGCCCUCAGGACACGUGGCCUGCUGACGGCGCCCAAGGACUUUCCGCAACGCUUCACGACCCUCAGCGACCUGCUGACCAAGGACUACCAGUCGGUUCAGCCGACGGUCACGGCAACGGCGACGGCAACGGCAACCACCGCCUCCUCCUCGGCCUCCACCAGUCGGAACUCGUCGAGCGACAACCAGUACAAACACGCACAGCAACCGCAGCAACCUCAAGCGGGUGGCAAUGGGGCUGGGGGUCAGACCUUCAACCUCCGCUACCCCACGCCCACCGCCUUCUACCAGCAGCAGCAGCAGCAGCAGCAGCAGGGGAAGGGUCAUGGUCAGGCGCCCAAGUCAUCGCCCUCGCCGCAGCAAAUGGCCACCAGCUCCACGCAGGCCAUGUCCAACGAUUCCGGCGAGGAGAGCUGCAAGCGCAGCUCGGCGGACAGCGACGAGGUGACCAUCAUGGAGCUGCCCGGCGAGCGGAGUGCCCAGCUGUACAAGGAGUCCCUGGAGCAGCUGCUGCAGCGCCAGCGACGCACUCCCAUUUCGGGAUCGGUUUCGGGAUCGGUUUCGGGAUCAGGAGCAGGCAGUGUGAUUGUCGAUGCCGCCGGCCUGAGGCAGUACACCCAACUUCUGUUGGCCGGGGCGGCCGGCAGUGGGGAGCUCAAGGAGAAGAGCUCCUCCUCGUCCACCUCCUCCACCCCGCCGCUGCUCACCCAGCAGCUCAGCCAGAUGCUGAAGAGUCCCUCGGACACCUGCUCCUCGCUGUUCAGCACGGGCGCAGGAUCGGCCGGCGUCACCGGCGGCGGCGGAGGUGGUGAGACCAUCGAGGAGGAGACCCGCUGCGUCGUGUGCAACGCCCACUUCCCGAAUGUCUGGCUGCUGGAGCAGCACGCCGCCCUGCAGCACCCCCACGUGGGUCCCGGCGAGGAGAAGCCCUUCAUCUGCGAGCAGUGCGGCCAGUCGUACCGCUACCGCAGCGCCUACGCCAAGCACAAGGAGCAGAACCACCGGGCCCGCCUGCCCGCCGACAAGCUCUUCACCUGCGACGUCUGCGGCAUGCAGUUCCGCUACCUGAAGAGCUUCAAGAAGCACCGCCUCAACCACGCCCUCGAGCGGCUGCACGGCAAGAAGAGCGUGGGCGUCGUAGGGCGACUGGGUGGAGGAUCAGCUGGAGGCGUCGGAGCAGCUCCACCCACCUCCGCCUGUUCCGCCUCCGGGUCCUCGGUAGACCAGGAUGUGGUGACCAGCUCCCAGGAGCCCAUGCUCGCCGACGAGGGCGAGGAUCUGCGGGUGAAUGUCAAAAGAGAGGUGGGCGGCGGAACCACCACCUCCUCCGAUGAUCAGCUGGCCGGCGAGGCGCGCGGCAACGACAUCGAGGAGCACGAACAGGACAACACCGUCGACUCCGCGGGCAUCACGAUGCUCUACCAGGACAACAACUCCUCGGCCUCGGCCUCCACCAGCGCCACCGAGCCGAACAUCAGCAGCUCCGACGGCAUUCAUAGUACAAACAAGCGGUCGCGCCUGCACCACUUGGAAACGGAUCCCUCCUACCCACACCACCACCACCACCACCACCAUCACCAUCAGCACCACCACAACCCGCAGUCGCAGCUGCCGGGCCACUUGGGCCACGUCUCACUGCCGCUGGUGGCCACCUCGGUUGCCGGCUCCUCCUCCUCGGCGGCUGCCGCUGCCGCUGUGGCCGCUGCCACCGCAGCUGCCGCCCACUCGCAGGUGAAUUCGGGCGGCGCCGGAAGCGGAAGCGGGGCGACCGGAAGCGGCGUCUCCGGCGGAUCGGCCGGCGGUUCCUCCUCCACGGGAGGCGGCGGAGGUGGCGGCGGCGGCAUCAGUUCACUCAGCUCGCUAACCUCGCUGAUCAACGCCGAGCGCAUUCCGAACGAGCAGUUCCUGGGACUUAAUCCCCAGGAGGCCUCCAUUCUCAACUUCUUGCGCGUCGAUGCCGCCGAGCGACAGCGGGACAAGCGGCCUGCCACCUCGCGAUUCGCGUGCCCCUUCUGCGGCAAGUGCGUCCGCUCCAAGGAGAACCUGAAGCUGCACGUGCGCAAGCACACCGGGGAGCGGCCAUUCGUGUGCCUCUUCUGCGGCAGGGCCUUUGGGGGCAAGUCUGACCUGACGCGCCACCUGAGGAUCCACACCGGGGAGCGGCCGUACCACUGCGAGUCCUGCGGCAAGUGCUUCGCGCGGGCGGACUACCUGUCGAAGCACCUGACCACCCACAUCCACAAUGCGCCGCGCUGA